AUGAUCAAGCAUGGCAUCUUGGAUAGUGUGGCUUCGAGAUUCCUAAUGUGCUUGCAAAGUGACGAAAUAAACUCCGUCGAGCGCCUCUUCUUCAUUCUCGAAGAAGCACACUGGUUUACAAUGGACAUAUACAACAUCACAAAUGUGUCGUUUGCAGAGUUCAGCAAACAGCUUCUUGGGCAUAUCGGAAUUGAGACAAAUGUCGAUGAGUCUCUAAAAGCGUUCAUAAAAUACAGGCAAUCGGUGAAGGUGUUUGGAGCAAUAAUACUCGAUCCUCACAUGACGCAUGUCCUUGUGGUCAAGGAAAAGAAAAAAAUGAAAAAUUACUCGUUUCCAAAAGGCAAGAAAUGCAUGAACGAAGACGGCAUUCACUGUGCCACCAGAGAGGUUUAUGAGGAAAUAGGAUACGAUGCAAGCAAGAAAAUAUGUAAUCUGCCAAUCUUCAUCUUCGAAAAGAUUACUUUCUACUUUGUGUUCAAUGUAAAAACAAGCUAUCCAUUCCAAGCACAGACAAAAAAAGAAAUCGAGGAGAUAAAGUGGAUGCCAAUCAAAACACUUCUGCAUGGAGAAUACAAGAAGAGAUACUCAAUCAUUAGCACUGCAUUCAAAAAGGCAAAAAACUUGAUAUUUACACUGAAGAAGUUCAGGUUCAGACUCAAUGUAAAGAAAAUAAUGCAAAGCAUAGAUAAAAAAAUGGAUUCCUGCAACCAAAAGUAA